UCCGGGUUGUAGUUUAUUCCAUUUGGCAUCUCGCGUUCUGGAAAGCAGCUGCGAUGUCUGUGGUUCCUGCUCAAUCUCUCCGGGUUUCGGAGAUCCGAGACCCAGCGGUUCUGUUCGAGCGGUACAAUACCGAGGAGAUUCGGGUGAUCGAGCGGAAAGUCCGGGGAGAGAUCGAACAGAAGAAGGAAGAACUCCGUCAGAUGGUGGGCGAGCGGUACAGAGAUCUGAUCGACGCCGCAGACACCAUCGGAGAGAUGCGGCAGUGUUCAGAGAGCGUCGUUAAAUCCAUCCAGGACAUGCACCGCUAUUGCCAACAGCUGAAACAGGGGAAAUGUGUUCCCCAAACCAACAGCAAAAAAGAGAUCCAGAGACAGAGCCAGGAGAAGUUCUACACCAUGGCCUCUCAGAUCAAGCUGCUGCUGGAGAUUCCAGAGAGGAUCUGGAGCUCCAUGGAGGCCUCACAGUACCUGCAGGCCACCCACCUCUACCUGCUCUGCUGCCACCUGCACAGACAGCUCCACCUUGAGGGUGGAGGACCACACUACAGCCCAGUUCUUGCUCGCUUCCCCAUCUUGGUCCGGCAGGUGGCUGCAGCUGGUCACUUCAGGUCCACCAUCUUAAUGGACAGUAAGUCAGUGCUGCGCGGUCGGGCGGUAUCAGACCAGGCGAUUGCAGAGGCCCUAGUGUCCACCAUGCUCUUGGAAGACAGCUCUCCACGACAGGCCUUGGCUGACUUCCUGCUUGCCAGGAAGGCCUCAAUACAACAGCUACUGAACCAGCCGCAACAUGGGGCUGGUAUCAAGGCCCAGGUGUGUAGCCUAGUGGAGCUUCUGGUGACCACCCUGUACCAGGCCUACGCUGUCUUCUAUGUACCCCCAGAGGGAAGCCCCCGGCUGGGGGACGGCGGGUUGAGCUCUGGCCUCCUUUUUACCACCUUGGAGAAUGUCACCUCCCCUACAGCUGGAGGUAAAGGUAAACGAGUCCUACAGGAGGAGGUCAGCACAGGGAGCUGGUUGAAGUACCUCCCCGUAUCUAUUGCUGAGUUCCAGCCCACCCUCCGCACCCUGGCUCAGCCAAUCCAGAAAGAGCAGCUCCGAGACACCCUGCAGCAGUGGAUCGACACGUGUAAGGAGGACAUCUGCAGUGGCGUCAGCGGCCUGCUGGUCUACGUCAAGAGUCUGAGGGGCCUGGCCUCCAUCAGAGAUGCUGUGUGGGACCUGCUCUCUACCGACUCCAUCAGCCGACACUGGAGCUCCAUCUGCCAGCGCCUGUUAGAGCGCCCCCUGGCGCUGUGGGAGGACUUCCUGCAACAGCUCUUCCUACACCGCCUGCAGGCCAUCACCCAGGAGAGCACUGAGACCAUCUCGGCCAGCUCCAGACAGCUCCUCUCGGCGGCCCUACGAGACCUAGGCCAGCCGGCCCCUCCGGGCUCCGGCCCUCCCCUCCCCAGCCGAGGGGCCCUCUACGAGGCAGACGUGGCGUCCUUCCUCUGGUCAGAGGCCCAGGGGGACCUGCUGAGUGACGCCGCCUGGGUCAGUGUGGCCCAGCGGGGGACGCAGCUCCGGAGCGGCCUGGCCAUGAAGACCCAGGCCCUGACACCCUGCGUCCAGAGCUUCUGCUCGUCGCUGGACGCCAAGCUCCGAGCCAGGCUGGACGACCUGCAGCACUACCUGCCCUCGGACAACGCAGACGCCCAGGCCUUCCCUUCCACCUCCACAGUUUCCUCUGGUUCCAGUUCCAGCACCACCUCAUCGUUUGACCGGUUCACAGACGCCGCUGCCGUGGAGGAGACCCUGCGCCAACGCAGUCUGGAGUGUGUACGGGACAUCAUCCGCUGCGUCCGCUCGGAACUGGGGGCGGACCUGCCUGUCGGCGCCUGCCCCAACUCCGCCCAUCUCAACUCUGUGCUCUUCCUGGCUCGCCUUUGCCAGUCCAUGAGUGAGCUUUGCCCCAACCUCAGGCAAUGCAUUCUGGGUAAGCAGGGCGGGGCCGCUGCCGACCUCAUCACCAGGGGAACACCGCGACAAAGCAGGAAGCUGGGAAAGACGGCUGCGAAAGCAAUUGAGGUUAGCCCUGGACAGGCAAAGUGGGCUGGUCUUAGGGAGGAGCUUCUGGCUGUCAGCAUGGAGGCUUAUCAGAUUUGGAGCUCCGCCCUUACUAAGACGCUAGUGGGAAGGUUUGCUACAUCACUGCAUUCUGAGUCUGCUGGGGACAUCCUAGCAACUGCAACCAACUGGGAGGAGUUAGAGAUUCAGGAGGAGGCGGAGUCGGGGAGCAGUGUCACCUCAAAGAUUAGACUUCCUGUCCAGCCAUCUUGGUUUGUUCAGUCCCUGCUGUUCCACCUGUGUCUGGAGGUGAAUCGUGUGGGGGGCCACGCCCUGCCACGCCCCACCCUGCAGGAGCUGCUCCGAGGCUGCCUCGACCUGGUGCUGCAAGAGUACCAGAAACUGACCCAUAUUUCACAGGUCAAGGAAUGUCCGUUCCCGAUGACCCAGAACCGCUCUCUGCAGCUGCUGUUCGACCUGAGAUUUCUCAGUGCCACCCUGACUACUAGACUGGAGGAGGGCAAGGGCUCUCGGUCUUACCAGGACCCCAGGGUCCAGGAGGUUUGUGAUUUAUUGGAGAGCUACAUUGACCCCUUUGACCUGGAUGUUUUCACGCCGCCACUCAACAGCAACCUCAACCGCCUAUCACAGAGAACUUCGGUGUUGUUGGGGCUGUUGACUGGGACAGAGAAACAGUUUGUCUCACGAAGCCCCAGCGUCACUUCACAGGAACCCUAUAACAUCCUGCCGCUGGCCAGCAGUCAGAUCAGGUUUGGACUGUUGCCUCUGAGCAUGACUAACUCCCGCAAGAACAAGUCCUCCACACGGGGGCCUGACCCCACACGGCCCCUGGCCCCACCCACCUCUAAACCUGCCCAUGAAGACACCUUCCGCCCCGGCAACCUGUUCAGACAGCUAGCCAAUCAGGAGGAGGAGCCAGCAGCGCCGUCACUAUUCAAGCUGGGCUGGCUCUCCGGCAUGGCCAAAUAGGGCACUCGUCCCAAACGGCCACCCAUUCCCUACAUAGUGCACUACUCUUAAGGGAGCGCUGGUCCAAAGUAGUGCACUGUUUAUGGAAUAGGGAACAUAAGCAUCUGGAACGUAACUAAAGAGUUUUAAUGAGGGGCUUUUUAAACAUGUCCAACUGUACAGAGAAAAGUAUAAAACAUGUAUGAAUGAGUGUGCAAUAUAAGAGUAAUGUUGUGAAAUGA